AUGGUGACGAUCAGCACCUACAAUGCACGUACACUUGCUUCCGAGUCCUCAGUAGAACACUUGCUUAUGCAAGCAAGAAAGAUAAAGUACGACAACAUCAACCUGGCCGAGACGAGAAGACGCCAGUCUUUCAACGCCGUCUAUAACACCGGAGAAGAACUGCUCCUCGGAACAUACGACAGGAGAAGAGUCGGCGGCGUCGGCGUUCUCGUCACGAGUUUGUCCACGAACAUCGAUUCAAUCGAACAACUAACAACCCGAAUCGGACGUUUACGAUUAAGAAGACGUGAAUCAAUUCCGCCUUUGACAAUCGUCGUUUUUUACGCACCGACAUCAAACUAUGACGAAGAAAAAGUCGAAGCCUUUCAUAUGACCACAUCAUAG